AUGGGCGCAUCACUGCCUCUCGUUCCCGCUUGGCUGAUGAGCGUUGUCACAUGGGCUGUACCUGACUUCCACGACAAGAAACCGUACAACCGCACCAAUACCUGGAUCAUCGUCGCACCUCUUCCUUUGAUCCUUCUGCAGAUACAUCUUCUCAUCCGGUACGACCCCAGGUCCACCUGGCUGUUGAGAGCGUCCCUGGUGCCUCUCAUCUCGCUGCUUGCUCUGAAGUCGGCUUUCGGGUUCUACUACACCGUUGGCGGGACAGGUCAGAUCGAUAGCAGAGGCCAGGCGAUCAACGCAGGCCUGGGCUGCGCUGGCAUGGUCAGCAUCAUCUGGUCGCUUCGAUACGGGCUCGCUCUUCAAAGACCUCGGCUCAAAGUACGCGAGGCAAAAUCCCAAGGAGCUACCAACGGCAGUCAAAACAGCGCCAGCUCUUCUGCUGCCGAGAUGCCAAUCUACUUCCCCGGCACCCGGUGGCCGCUCGAGCUUGAUCUGCUGCUCAAUGUCAGGGCCUUGGGUUGGGAGCACGGUAUCAAGGAAGGCGAGCCCGCUCUGCCCGUGCCGACCUACACUUCGCGCGAACGAUGGCGGUGGAUCUUGACGCGAAUGGCGCAGGUGCCGCCGUACUAUCUUCUCUUCGAUGCCUUCUGCGUGCUGCUCGAGGAGAAACGAUUCUACGUCCACGCUGGUAAAAGUGCAGGCGGCAGCAUCUGGGACUGUUCGAAAGGCUCCUUCGGGGUCGCUGGGCCUUAUUUGAUCUGUAUCGCCUUUGCGUCCAUUUUCGUAGGCCUGCAGUGGAUGGUUCAUGCUACAAUGGCAUCUCUUUCGGUCGGCCUGUUUCACGACUUGCCUUCACGGUGGAGCCCACCGAUCUUCAGAAUGCCUUGGAUGGCAACAUCAGUGGCAGAUUUCUGGGGCAAGCGCUGGCACCAGAUGCUUCGGGUGACGUUUAUGACCGUGGGUUACUGGCCAGUCCACCGUAUGCUGCUGCCCCUAGCCGGGAGGCGCAUUGCCAACAUUGCAGGCAUUUGCGGGACGUUCUUGAUAUCUGGCAUGAUCCACGAGCUGGGUCGAGUGGCUAUGGAGUCUAGAUUCGCCUUGACAAACGUUACCUUGUUCUUCGCCAUCCAACCUGCUGCCAUAUUUGGCGAGCAGUUGUUCGAGUACUGCACCGGGCGCCGAGUGCGAGGCUUCUGGGGCUGGCUCUGGUCGAUGUCCUGGAUCCUGGGCACUGCCCCUCUUCUGAUCGAGGGAUACAAUGAUGGAGGCUAUACGGCUGCCAAAAACAACUACAUCGGCGUCACCCGACGGCCGAUCACCCUCAUGAUAGAUUGGUGGGACCGCACGCUCAACGGCAUGUAG